UGGCGACUGUUUCGCCUCCAGAGGCUCGUAGUUCGCUUGCGAAUGUCCUGACCGACGGUUGUGUGGCGGACUAGAAAAAGGACCCAGAAAGGACUCAAAAACGGUAUUCAAACUCAUUUCGAAAUUCAUUUAUUUGAAAGUGUCGCAAUAGUUAACAACUAUUUUUUCUUCAUUUUUUUGAAGUGCUAAGAAAUAUUUUCAAUCGAAAAUAAAAACAAAACCCUUAAUGCAAAAAAAAAAACUCAAACGAGAAAUUAUUGUAAACAAAAAAGUAAUCAAGCCUGAAAGGGAACUUAAAACAAAAACCAAACUUUAAAAAUAAAACAUAGUUAAUGAAAAUUUCACGCUUUGUUGAGAUUUUCCGUCGAUCGGGAAAUUAAAUGAAAGUCAGAUCAAACUUUUCUGAAGAGUAAUAAGAUUCAGGUUGGCUAUAAACGACUCUAAUUUUUGGCCGAUUUGGAAUUUGGACAUUGGAAUUCGGCCAGAACCCAGAAAUCGAGUAUUUUACCGAACCAAUUGAGCUUUCUCUUUGGCAGAUUAAGCUUUUGAACACCUUCAAUUAUCUUCAUUGAACUCGCCGGAAUUUGCAGCCAUUAAAAUUUGUGGAAACAUAAAGAAUUUUUGCUAGGCGGACGAAUAAAUAACUCACGGAAAUGCAAAUUAUGCGGUGGGCGUGGCUGGCAUUUGAUACAAUCAAAGGAUAUCGAUAAACCCAGAAGGGGAGAGUGACCUGUUUUGGGAGACGGGGGCAAAUUAAAAAGCCCCGCCUCGCCUCGCCUCGCCCCGCCCACGCACUUGGCCAAAGAUAGAUUGUGAGAGAGAUAUUGAAAGAAUCGAUCCGAAAAUGGGCAACCUUCGGGUGGUGGCCCUAUUGUUGGCCAUCCUAAUUAGCAGCUGGCCCAGAGCCUCUUUGGCCGCCACAAGCCAGAACGGCGGCCCAGUAGAUGCCACUGGUGGCAACUACACUAACAAUUACAAUGCGAAUGGCAACGGCAAUGGGAAUGGGAAUGGAAAUGGGAUUGGGAUUGGCAGUACCAGUGGCAAUGGCAAUGGAAAUGGAAAUGGAAAUGGUAGUGGGAAUAAUUUCCCAUAUUCCUCGGACCACAACGCCAACGAUUCGAUGGAGUACGAUCCGGAGAGUGUGGCUCUCGAGCGGAUUGUGUCCACGAUAGUGCCCGUAUUUUUCGGCAUUAUCGGAUUCGCUGGACUACUCGGCAACGGACUGGUCAUACUCGUGGUUGUGGCCAACCAACAGAUGCGCUCCACCACCAACUUGCUGAUUAUCAAUCUGGCCGUAUCGGACAUCCUGUUCGUAAUCUUCUGCGUUCCGUUCACAGCCACCGAUUACGUAUUGCCGGAAUGGCCGUUUGGCAAUAUUUGGUGCAAGUUCGUUCAGUACAUGAUUGUGGUUACGUGCCAUUGCAGUGUUUACACAUUGGUCCUGAUGUCCUUCGAUCGCUUCCUGGCCGUAGUUCAUCCUGUGACGAGCAUGUCCCUGCGAACGGAACGCAAUGCCACAUUGGCCAUCAUGUGCGCUUGGGUAACAAUUGUGACGACUGCAAUUCCGGUGGCACUUUCACACUCGGUGCGAAUCUAUCAGUACCAUGGAGCUGCUGGCACUGCUUGCGUAUUUUCCACAGACGAGGAGGUCUGGAGUCUCGUCGGUUUCCAGGUUUCCUUCUUUUUAUCAUCGUAUGUGGCACCCUUGACGCUGAUUUGUUUCCUCUACAUGGGUAUGUUGGCUCGUCUGUGGAAAAGUGCUCCUGGCUGCAAACCUUCCGCUGAGUCACGGAAGGGAAAGCGCCGCGUCACCCGAAUGGUUGUUGUCGUCGUAUUGGCAUUUGCCAUCUGCUGGCUACCCAUUCAUGUCAUCUUGGUUUUGAAGGCUCUUGAUUUGUACGGCGGAAGUCACUUGUCGGUCAUCAUCCAGAUCAUAUCCCAUGUGGUGGCCUACACCAAUUCCUGCAUCAAUCCCAUUCUCUAUGCAUUUUUGUCCGACAACUUUCGCAAGGCAUUCCGUAAGGUGGUCUGGUGUGGCAGCCCACCACCAUUGAUGACCAAUCAACAGGUGACAAAGACCACGCGAACUGCAACUGGAAAUGGGACGUCCAAUAUUGAAAUGCUCUAAGCGGCUCAUUGAAAUGAAUUGCACUUGGAGGUCGUCGGAUCGUUUUUGAAGACGGUUUUCAAAAAAUCCCCAAAAAAACGGAAAAAUGUGAAUUUAAAUCGUAAACAUAAUAAAAUCGAACAGAAGAUAUUUAUUUAAAAAACGGCGCACAUAAGUUAACUUAGGGAGUAGAAACCAAAAAUACAUAAUUUAAAAUGUUUAGAAGGAGAAUAUAAUUUUCCGAAUUUUUGAAAUGUGAUUUUUUAUUUUCCCGAUUGGUUUUUGUAAUUUGUUAGUUUUUGAGUUCUCAAAAUCAUAAAUAAGGACGCCGUGUAAACCUAAGCAAGCGAAGAGUUAUUCCUUUUAAAUUUAAGAGAUAAAGAGUCAUUGCAUUUUGUAAAAAAAAAAAAAAAGAAAUCAGCUUACAAUAAAAUUGUUUGAAAUAAAAAUCUGCAGUAAAAAUGAUUCCAUUUGACACAAAAUUAAUGAUUGGCUGGCGGCAGAAAGAAUGAUAUACAAAUUAAUGAUCAGGAUUAAGCGAAGCCACGUUAAUGGACGCGGAAAUUCCAGUAACAAUGAGUAGAACAAAGUAAAAAAUAAUUAAAACCAAAAAUACCAAUUGCUUGUAUCUGUGUACGUGUUGUUUUUUCGGUGCAUAUGUGUGUGUCAUUUAGUAAUUAAGAAUUUAUAGCAGAAAUUUAUAAUUGGAAAAAAUAUCCAUAAGAAUAUCCAUAAGGCCGAUGAUGCAUCAGAGAGUUGUACUCGUAAUGACAAUUUUCGGGAAAACUAAUGGAAAUUGUUUUAAUGGCAAAUUGAAAAUAUACAAAUAUUGCAUUCACAAGUGUAGCACGAAACCAAACUGAAAAAUUUUUACAAAUAAAUUGAAAAACUGUAAUUCUAGAUAUUAACACUUAAUGGGUAAUAACAAAAUUUCUAUAGUAAUAAUCCUUGAAUACAUACUAGCAAAGCUCAAUUGAAUGUGUAUGGAAAAAAAUAUAGGUAUAUGGCAACCCUCAUAAUCCCAUGUGUCCUCUUUUAUUAUGCUAAUUUCCAAGUUGUCCCCAAAAACCAUGUAAUCCCUGGAUUAUUUAGUGUGUAAGCUGGCUUAAAAUGAUUUAAUAAAUGCUCUUUCCAUGCAAAAAAUAUAUUUAAUCCUCUCUAUUAAAUACAAAUUAUGCAUAAGUCAACUUUUUUUGUUUUAUUAAUAAGUACAUAAGUAAAAAAGUCAACCGAUUGCUGCACUAACAUGCUGAAUGGACAAUUGAUACGGAACUUUUCAGUACUUCGAGUAUAAUUAAUUGUUUUAAGUGAAUAUUACACAAAAGUGUUAAUAACUAUAAGAACAAAACUUUUUUAAAAGCUUCCUCGGAAUUAACAUUUUACAUUUAAAACAAUUUAAAUGUUUUAUGAACAAUUUAUAUCCGGUACUUGUGUGGUUUUUUUGUUUAAGUCCUUCGCUAAGUGGCCUAGAAGUAUGCAACAAUCUUUAAGAAAAAUAUACUGACACCUAUUCAUUUUAAAUAUUCACUUAAAGCAAGUUCUUAUCAUUGCAAAAACACUGGAAAUGUAUCACACUAAUUGUAUUAAGCAAAUAUUAAAUAGGUAAUUCAUAAAAUAAAAUCUCUCUUUUUUGGGUGUGAUUCUCCCACACAAUUAACUUAAAUUUAUUAAUGAAAUGUUUUUUGUUGCGCCAUAAGUUAAUCGUGUAAAUGAAAUAUUAUUACGCUAAAGUUGCAUAUUUGACUAUUAAUAAGGAAAACAAAUAACCUUUUUUGUUGAAUUCUAACGUUUAAUUUUUUUCGGUUUGCUUCGGCCUUGCCGAAUUAAAAUGUAACCUAAGAUGAAUUGAUUAAAGCUACAAAAAAAUAACUAUCUUAGAGAAAUAGAGUUGCGCGUAUAUGUUACGUGCGUUUUACAUAUGUGUGUUAAAUGCAUAUGCAAAAACUAUAUAUAGAUAUAUAUUGUAUUUGUAUAUCCUACUGCAUUCCUAGCACAGUUGUGGAAUUGAACAAUAUUUGAAUUUAGAAACAUGGACAUGGAAACAACCAAAAUUGAACAAAGAACAAACUUCAAAAUACUAGAUGUUAAGCUAAGGAAUAAACAUUUUUUUUGUGGCCGCUUGGCAAUGUGUAGGGUAUCUACUAGUCGCCUAGCCACCAAAACUCUGAAGCCAAGGAAAGAAAUAACUACGAUGUUUAUUAAUUAUUUUUUUAGUUGUCCAAAAAGAAAAACUAAGAAAAUAAAAUUCCAACGCGUAGUCUAAGAAAUGAAUGCAAAAUUGCAAAUUAUUGUAUUUGUAUAUGAAUGUAUAUGUACAAUAAAAACAAAAUUUGUUCAUUGUGUUAAAUAAAAUUGAUGACUCUGUGUACACUAAUUUAA